CCGCUUCCCGGGGCGUUCAGUCUGAGAGGGACGAAGAAGAAGAGAAAGGGAAGAAGAGAUUGUUGCCAAAGAAUGUGAAUGAUUUAAUGGAUUAAACAUCAUCAGAGUGAUUUUAAAGGACAGUUAGAGUGAUCUUAGCUCGGCCAUGAAGAGAGUCACGCUGUAUGUUAACGGAACCUCCACCAAUGGGAAGGUGGUGGCUGUGUGCGGCUCUCUGGAGGACUUACUCUCCGUGGCGAGCUCCAAACUGGGAAUAACAGCCUCUAGUGUUUACAACGGGAAGGGCGGCCUGGUCGAUGACGUCACGUUAAUCAGAGACGAUGACGUGCUGUACAUAUCAGAGGGAGAUCCAUUUGAAGAUCCUCCGGACGACUUGAGCAGCCCUGAGAAGAGUCAGACUCACACUGAUUGGGCUGACGCUGAAUGUUGGCGGCCGCUGCUUUACCACCACGAG